CGUAGCAUGCGUGUUAUUAGCAGGCAGCAAAGUCAACAUUUCGCUGUAUGCUAUCAUUUAUUUUAUUUAUUGUUGUUACUGCUCUCCGCCUUUCUUUCUUUCUUUAUUUAUUUCUUUUUCCUUCCGGGUUCAGACUAUUCUCAUGCCUGCACUGCAGUUCAUCUUCCCCAAACCUCGUCUCCCCUUCAGUCUCUCGUAGUGGCGAUCGGAUCUUUAGUAAAGAUUCGAUCUUGGCGCGUUUUCGCGACGCGGAGCGGAUUCUUUUUAGGAAAAAGUUGAAACUUUUGUCAGUGCGGUGAGGCCACAAUCGAAUCUUGGGAGCGGCGAGAGAUUUGAUGUUGAGAAUUUAGCGGGGCGGGCUGCGGUAGUUGGGGUUUUAUGGAUAGAUUUUGCUGCUUCAGAGGUUCCUCCUCUCAGUUUGCAGGUUCCUCAUCUGAUGCCGGUAAAGGGAGAAGUUCUCAAGGUCGCACAAAAGUUACUUAUGGAUUUAACCUUGUAAAAGGGAAAACCAAUCAUCCAAUGGAGGAUUAUCAUGUUGCCAAGUUCAUUAAUAUGAGAGGACAGGAGCUCGGUUUAUUUGCUAUAUUUGAUGGUCAUUUGGGAAAUAUUGUGCCUGCCUAUUUACAGAAGCAUCUAUUUACUAAUAUUUUAAAAGAGGAACAAUUUUGGACCAAUCCGGAUGUGGCCAUUGCAAAUGCCUAUGAAAAAACAGACAAGGCAAUUCUUUCACACAGUCCUGAUCUUGGGCGAGGUGGUUCAACUGCAGUUACUGCAAUUCUCAUUAAUGGCAGGAAAUUGUGGGUUGCUAAUAUUGGUGACUCACGAGCAGUUCUUGCAAAAGGUCAACAGGUAUUACAAUUGACAAUUGAUCAUGAUCCCAGUACUGAACGAGGAAGUAUCGAGAAUAAAGGUGGCUUUGUCUCAAACAUGCCAGGAGAUGUCCCAAGAGUUAAUGGCCAGUUAGCUGUUUCCCGUGCCUUUGGGGACAAGAGUCUUAAAUCACAUUUGCGGUCAGAUCCUGAUAUACGUUGUGAAAAUGUUACUGGGGAGACCGAGCUACUCAUCCUUGCUAGUGAUGGUAUAUGGAAGGUUAUUAGCAAUGAAGAGGCAGUUAAUAUUGCUAGAAGGUUUAAAGAUCCACAAGCAGCAGCAAGGCAGCUGACCACUGAGGCACUGAACAGAGACAGCAAAGAUGACAUAUCUUGUAUUGUUGUGCGACUGAGAGCAUAAAGAAUGCUUACUCCUUCAGUUGACGGUGAUCAGAAAUUUGGAUCAUUGAAGAGGUCAUUAAUUUAGUUUCAUAAGGGCAUCCUCAAGUUGAAAGCACCAAGAAUUUCGGCCUUCCGCUACAAAACAUGAGACAGGUGCCACUCUUGCCAUUCGAUAUCCGCUGUAAAUGCCUUUGCAAUUGUGGUGAGUGUGAUACUAUAUGAUUUCGUGUGGUAAUCAGAAGAAUCCCUCUUCUUAAGUAGCAUGGCAACUCAGCAGGUCCUAUUUGAAAGAUCACCAUCAGUUAAUUAUGAUUGGUGGGAUUGCUUAUCUUUUAUUUUGCUUUUUUUUUUUCUUCUUUUCUUGUCUGCUUUUACAAUGAGAAGCAGAUGGUGUUUUAGCUUGCUUGCAGUAUUCCUGAUAAUAAUCCAAGUGUUGUUGUAAUUGAUUGGCAUAUUUCUUAUUCUUAAUCUAGUGCCUAUGGAUUUAUGCA